AAAACCUUCUUGCGUGACACGAAAGCGGCUCAAUUUAGCACCCACCUGCUUACGCUGCACCGUACCACUGCCAUAUAAACUUUCUCGAACCUUCCGUCUAUCUCUCAUUUCUGACUUCAUCAGUUUUCAUAACUCUCAACACAUCCACACUAUCUCUAUUUUGGAUAAAAAUGGCGACGAAAAGAAGUGUAUCAACCCUUAAAGAGGCAGAUUUGAAGGGAAAGAGAGUAUUUGUUCGUGUUGAUUUAAAUGUUCCAUUAGAUGAUAAUUCUAAGAUCACUGAUGAUACAAGGAUUCGUGCUGCUAUUCCCACCAUUAAAUACUUGUCUGGUUAUGGCGCUAAGGUCAUUCUUUGCAGUCAUCUGGGACGUCCAAAAGGUGUUACACCUAAGUACAGCUUGAAGCCCCUUGUCCCAAGGCUUUCUGAGCUUCUUGGAGCUGAGGUUAAAAUGGCAAAUGAUUCCGUUGGCGAGGAAGUCGAGAAAUUGGUGGCUGAGUUGCCUGAAGGAGGUGUUCUGCUUCUUGAGAAUGUGAGAUUCUAUAAAGAGGAAGAGAAGAAUGAUCCUGAGUUCGCAAAGAAAUUGGCUGCCCUAGCAGAUGUCUAUGUGAAUGAUGCUUUCGGUACCGCCCACAGGGCUCAUGCUUCUACUGAAGGUGUUGCCAAGUAUUUAAAGCCUUCUGUUGCAGGCUUUUUGAUGCAAAAGGAACUUGACUACCUAGUUGGAGCUGUGGCAAACCCCAAGAAACCUUUUGCUGCUAUUGUUGGUGGCUCGAAGGUGUCAACCAAGAUUGGUGUCAUUGAGUCAUUGUUGGCUAAGGUGGACUAUCUUUUACUUGGAGGAGGGAUGAUAUUCACUUUUUACAAAGCCCAAGGACUCCCGGUUGGAUCCUCUUUGGUAGAGGAAGACAAGCUUGAACUUGCAAACCUUCUCAUGGAGAAGGCAAAAGCAAAAGGAGUGUCCCUGAUGCUGCCUACCGAUGUUGUAAUUGCUAACAAGUUUGCUGCUGAUGCUGAUAGCAAGGUUGUACCUGCCUCUGCUAUUCCUGAUGGUUGGAUGGGAUUGGACAUUGGACCAGAUUCUAUCAACACUUUCAGCGAGGCUUUAGAUAAAACCCAAACCAUCAUAUGGAAUGGACCUAUGGGUGUUUUUGAAUUUGAGAAAUUCGCUGCUGGGACUGAGGCCAUAGCAAGGCAGUUGGCCGAGCUUAGUGGAAAGGGCGUAACCACAAUCAUUGGCGGAGGUGACUCUGUUGCUGCUGUGGAGAAGGUUGGUCUUGCAGACAAGAUGAGCCACAUCUCUACAGGAGGCGGUGCCAGCUUGGAGCUUUUGGAAGGCAAACCACUGCCUGGAGUUCUUGCCCUUGAUGAUGCUUAAGUGCCUUUUUUUUGUUUUUGUUUAAAUCUUGCCUUGUGGUCUUUUGCCCAAAGUUUAUGAACAACUGGUUUUGCCAGUGUUGCUACUUUUAGGAGUGUGGACCUGUUGUGGUAUUAGUGCAGGUCUGAAAAUAAAUCAUUUUUGAACUUUUGUAACGGAAGUAUAUGGACUGAUGUGCAUGGUAGUGUCUUGGAUUUGAAACAGUCGUUAAUAAUUUAAGUUGUUCAAGUUCACGCUUGCUGUUCUUGUGGGAAAUACUCCGUAUCAAAUUAUCAUGCAUCACUUGAAUUUUUUUCCUUUUUGGCUCAAGUUGAGGCUCCUUUUUGUAAGGUUAAUCAGACGGUCUGCUUUGGUGUAAUUUGCGUGACAAAAUUUAAUACCAAGUCAGUGUCGUUUGACAAA